AUGGGAUUCCGGAUGCUUCUCUUCCUGGAAAUGACAUGAAAUUCCUCAGCCUGCAUCUUCCCUAUUAUGUUGGAGGAAAUACAAGCAACUGUGGAAACUAUAACUCAUUAUCCAGAGGUUAAAGAUGGGGAGUGUGUCUUUCCAUUCCACUAUAAAAAUGGAACACACUAUGACUGCAUCAAGGGCAAGGCAAAACACAAAUGGUGCUCAUUAAACGAGACUUAUGAAGGAUACUGGAAGUAUUGCGGUAGAGAAGAUUUUGCAAGCUGUGUAUUUCCCUUCUGGUACAGACGCUUGAUCUACUGGGAGUGUACCGAUGAUGGGAGUGCAUUUGGGAGAAAAUGGUGUUCACUGACCCAGAAUUAUAACAGGGAUCAAGUUUGGAAAUACUGUUAA